AUGGGUGAUGUUGAAAAAGGCAAGAAGCUCUUUAUUCAGAAAUGUUCUCAGUGCCACACAGUUGAAAAAGGUGGGAAACACAAGACAGGCCCAAAUCUUUGGGGUUUGUUUGGCCGCAAAACAGGACAAGCUGCAGGAUUUUCUUACUCAGAUUCUAACAAGAACAAAGGUGUUACCUGGAGUGAAAGUACACUGAUGGAGUAUUUGGAAAACCCCAAGAAAUACAUUCCUGGGACAAAAAUGAUAUUUGCUGGCAUUAAAAAGCAAAAUGAGAGAGCUGAUCUUAUUGCAUACUUGAAAAAAGCAACCUCCUCCUGA